GCAAGCGGCAUCAUAUCCGGGAAAUGUCCAUGCCGGUGAGAGAAGUGUUGUGUUUUGUGCUGUAAGGUUUGUGUUGUUUUUGCAUAUCUGACCAGAAUAAUUGAUUUCGGAAUGGAAGAAGAGCAAGUUACUCAGCAGAUGAAGACUCUGCAAGUUGAUGGAGAGAAGAAGGAGAAAGGAGGCAAAGAGGGGAAGAAGAAGAACAAGGGUGGUACUGGGGAUGCUGCCGGCCGAGCAGAGCUCAGCCCACCUCCCCAGUACAUCGAGGACCGACUGUCCAUGUACAACAAGCUGAAGGCUGAGCAUGACGCCCUGAUGGCUGAGCGGGCCGAGAAGGACAGCAAGCCCAUCAAGGUCACCCUCCCUGAUGGGAAGGUGGUGGACGCAGAGUCCUGGAAGACCACCCCCUACCAGGUGGCCUGUGGCAUCAGCCAGGGGCUUGCUGAUAACACUGUCAUCGCCAAAGUGGACAACGGGGUCUGGGACCUGGACAGGCCCUUGGAGAAGGACUGCAGCCUGCAGCUCCUCAAGUUUGAUGAUGAAGAAGCUCAAGCCGUGUACUGGCACUCCAGUGCCCACAUCAUGGGGGAGGCCAUGGAGAAGGUGUACGGAGGCUGCCUGUGCUACGGACCCCCCAUUGAGAAUGGCUUCUACUACGACAUGUUCCUGGAGAAUGAAGGGGUGUCGAGUAAUGACUUUCCCUGUCUGGAGAACCUGUGCAAGAAAAUCAUCAAGGAGAAGCAGCCCUUUGAGAGGCUUGAGAUAAAGAAGGAGACCCUCCUGGAAAUGUUCAAGUACAACAAGUUCAAGUGCAGGAUCUUGAAUGAGAAAGUGACCACUCCCACCACCACUGUUUACAGGUGCGGCCCUUUGAUUGACCUGUGCAGGGGUCCCCAUGUGAGACACACUGGGAAGAUCAAGGCCUUGAAGAUCCACAAGAAUUCCUCCACCUACUGGGAGGGCAAGGCGGACAUGGAGAGCCUCCAGCGCAUCUACGGCAUCUCCUUCCCCGACGCCAAGAUGCUGAAGGAGUGGGAGAAGUUCCAGGAGGAGGCCAAGAACAGAGACCACCGCAAGCUCGGACGGGAGCAGGACCUGUUCUUCUUCCAUGACCUGAGUCCGGGCAGCUGUUUCUUCCUGCCCAAAGGGGCGUACAUCUACAACACGCUCAUCCAGUUCAUCAGGAGCGAAUACAGAAAGCGAGGCUUCCAAGAAGUGGUGACUCCCAACAUCUACAACAGCAAGCUGUGGCAGACCUCAGGACACUGGCAGCACUACAGUGAGAACAUGUUCUCCUUCGAGGUGGAGAAAGAGAUCUUCGCCCUCAAGCCCAUGAACUGCCCAGGCCACUGCCUGAUGUUUGACCAUCGGCCGCGUUCCUGGAGGGAGCUGCCCCUGCGCAUGGCGGACUUUGGCGUGCUGCAUCGUAACGAGCUGUCUGGGGCGCUGACGGGGCUGACCCGCGUGCGUCGCUUCCAGCAGGACGACGCCCACAUCUUCUGCACUAUGGACCAGAUCGAGGCCGAGAUCAAGGGCUGCCUGGAUUUCCUGCGUACGGUCUACGACGUGUUCGGCUUCACCUUCAAGCUCAACCUCUCGACCCGGCCCGAGAAGUUCUUGGGGGAGGUGGAGGUGUGGGACCAGGCUGAAAAGCAACUAGAAAACAGUUUGAACGAGUUUGGGGAGAAGUGGGUGCUCAACCCAGGAGACGGCGCUUUCUACGGGCCAAAGAUUGACAUCCAGAUCAAGGAUGCCAUCGGCAGGUACCACCAGUGUGCCACCAUCCAGCUGGACUUCCAGCUGCCCAUCCGUUUCAACCUCACCUUCGUUAGCCCUGAUGGCGAUGACAAGAAGAGGCCCGUGAUCAUCCACAGGGCCAUCCUCGGCUCGGUUGAGAGAAUGAUCGCCAUCCUCACAGAAAACUACGGAGGAAAAUGGCCUCUGUGGCUCUCUCCGCGCCAGGUGAUGGUUGUGCCUGUAGGACCCACCUGUGAGGAAUAUGCUGAGAAGGUACGGCUAGACUUCCACCAUGCAGGCUUCAUGACGGAUGUCGACGUGGACCCUGGCUGCACUCUCAACAAGAAGAUCCGCAAUGCUCAGCUAGCUCAGUACAACUUCAUCCUGGUGGUGGGAGAGAAGGAAAAAACCAGUGAAACGGUGAACGUGCGCACACGUGAUAACAAGGUCCACGGAGAACGCAGCGUGACUGAAUGCAUCGAGCGACUGAGGCAGCUAAGGGACUCUCGCGCACGCACCGCAGAGGAAGACUUCUGAGAGGCCUGCGUCCCCACGGCACUCGCCUCCAACCCCCACCCCACCCCCCCCCCCCCCCCCCCCAAAUCAGCCUCCAGCACCUGUUUCAAAGGGGCCAGUGCCAGUUUGGCUUGUUUGUUGCGCUCAGGUGUAGGAAAAUGAACACACCCGCUUGUCCUCUGUCCUGCUUUCUGACUUGAAUUUGGUUAUUCCUUAAGCUGCUUUUGUUUGUCUUUGUUUUUUGUCCUUGAUCUUUUUUUCCUCCAUUUCACCAAAACUUAACUGUAAAAGUAAUUUUAAAGUUAUUGUCUAUGAUCUGAAAUGGUUUACCCCAGUCUUUGUUUUUGGUUUGUUGUCUCAGACCUGGCACAUAACAACAGGAACGGAAAGUUUUAUAUUGAGAGUUUGAUGUUGUUGUGGCUUUUUUUUAAAAAGACAAACCAUACUGCUUUUUCAUGGUUCUUAAUGCUUGUAGGAAAUGUGAAGGCAUUAUAGACAUUCUCGAGCAAAGGAACUCAAAGGGGGAUUGUGGUUUCAAUAUUAGUACAAAGUACUACAUCUCUGUAAAGGCGCUAGAUGAACUCGGUUAAAAGCAAGGCAAAGGAAAUGUCAUGGGACAAAAGUGAAUAAUAAAAGAUUAUUCUUGCA